AUGUACUACGGCCACAAGCGGCGCCACGCUAUCAAGUUCCAGACCGUGGUGACCCCUGACGGAAUCAUUUCGCACGUGUUUGGGCCCAUUGAAGGAAGACGUCACGACCUUACGAUGCUGCGAAGAUCAAGUUUGGAAAACUUCAUUGCGUCCGACAUCCGCUUUGCCGGUUACGUGAUUUACGGCGAUCCCGCAAGACGAUCAAUGCCAGCAUGA